AUGCGCCGGGCACAGGAGGAGUUCCGUACUCGCCAAAAGGCCGCCCACGACGCGGAAAGGGACCUGUUGACCAAACGGGAAGCAGCAAUCGGCUCGAUGACUUCUGCAUUCGUGGAUUUUGUUGACUUCCUUGUGCGCUCACGAUCUUACCAGAUGGAUCGGAAUCUGAUGCGCAAGUUGCACGAGACCAUUCGGCGAUUCAUGGUUGCGAAUGAUCAUGAACAGCGUGCAGAUGGGCGAGCCUCGACAACCAUGCACUCGGAAACGACGGCUGACCGGCAACCCCUUGAAGCCAGUGGACAUGAAGACUAUACGAGUGGUACAGAUAUGCUGUCGGAUUCGACUCUUCCUGGUGAACCCAACAUACUUGAUUAUACAUUGGGCAACGGCUGGCCAGACCACUACCCCGUGUCCUACACCAUGCUCGACGAGCGUUUGAAGCCUCGUGUGCAUGAUGCUUCGCCAUUCGUUCGUAGACUGAUAUAUCACACUAUCAACUUUGGCUUUCAAUUGUUAAAUGGUGGUGCCGAGUAUCCACUGGAACUCGCAGAGCGCGUCUUCAAGUUUUCAUUACUGUUCCAUAGUCGCCAGGAGCUUUUGUUCAACCUUCGAUGGUUCCUUGGACCGGGGAGCCAGGAGCUCGUUCGACUAGCCUUUGUACCGUUUGAGGGAUCCCCGACACCGGCUACGGAGGAUUCGGCCAACACUACCUCUCUUGUACCAGGUGUUGAUGCAUACGCGGUGAAUGCGAUGAGGAUAAAUGCGUUCGACAACGCUGCCGCGGCCCCGUUUGUAAAUGCUCAAGAAGUUGAACUGUAUUUACACGAGAAGGGCGCGCAUUUCCUGGACGGCGACACGAUCGAAGUUCCUCUUCCCGAGAGCCCUCCCACAACCGACGAAAUCCUGCAACCGAGCACCUUCACGUAUCACGGUCAGACGGAACAAAUUUGCGCCUAUGAUAACCUGAAAUACCGUCUUCGUACUUCGUUGCUGAUUGAAAACCUGAUGUAUAUAUCGGUCUGUCUAUCAAAAGGUCCUGCAUAUCGUCGACACGAUCUCGAUCAUGCUAUAUUUCUAUCAACCAUAGAUAUGGUUUCCAAAACCCCUGGCCCUCCAGAAUAUGGAACGAUACCCUGGGCAGGAGUGCUGUAG